AUGGCGGCCCGCGCAGAUCUCGAGUCCCACGCGGAGAAGCAGCCCGAAGACCUCGUCAAUGAACUCCCAGAAUCGUCAAACUCUUCAACAGCUGAGGAUGCGAAGCCGAACCCUCCGCUGUACUGGAAGCUCAUCGCGGUUGUGCUUAUCUCCUGCAUCAGCUUCGGUUCGUCAUGGAGUUCGGGUAUCACCGGCGCUCUGAAGUCGACGCUUAAGAAGGAGCUGGACAUCAACAACAAGCAGUUUGCGCUGCUCGAGGCUAGUGAAGAUUUCAUGGUUACCGCCCUGAUUCUAGUUAGCGGAAUCUUAACGGACAGGAUUGGAGGUGCUGGGGCCAUGGUAUACGGCAACAUUAUCUACUCAAUUGGAUCCAUCAUUGUCGCUGCCGCCGCUCAAGUCCGCUCUUUCAAGCUCAUGAUUGGCGGCCGAGUCAUCCUUGCCCUUGGCGACAUCGCGACCCAAGUUGCGCAGUACAAGGUUUUCAGCUCCUGGUUCUCGCCAAACAAUGGCUUCGCGUCAACCCUGGGUCUUGAGCUCGGUAUCAAGAAGAUUGGAGGCUUUGUUGGCAAGUCUUCAGCCAACAUCAUUGCGAAGAACACCGGUAACUUCGCGUGGGUAUUCUGGGUCUCUGUGUUCAUGAACGUCUUCACCAACGUCCUUACCUUUGUCUUCUACCGUUUCAACGGAAUCGCUCACAAGAAGUUCGGCAAUGUCAUGGAUCCGGCCACUGGAGAGAAACUCACUGAGAAGUCCAAAAAAUUCCAGCCGAAGAAGAUAUUGGAGUUGCCUUGGGUCUUCUGGGCCAUCAUGGCGUUUACGCUAUUUGAGACGAGCACCGCUAUUGUCUUCACUCAAAACGCCACGGAGUUGGCUGAGAAGAGAUUCAAGACCGACUCUAUCACUGCCGGUUGGUAUUCUGCAACUUUACAAUAUGCUGGCUUCUUCUUAGUGCCGUGUAUUGGUGCUUUCAUCGACAUUCUGGGCAACCGUGUUACCUUGCUCGCUAUUUGUGGUACUGGAGUCUUCUUGGCAAUGGCCCUGGUCAACUGGGCUACCGAUACCAAGGGAACAGCCGCAGCUUUUGGUAUCUACGCGAUUGCCUACAGUCUUGGCCCUACCGCAAUCAUUGACAGCAUUCGCACCUCCAUGUGGCACGGUUCGACCUUUGGCUCCGCUUACGCUGUCAAGAUCGCCACGAACAAUGCGAUGAACAUUGUUGUCCGUGUCAUUACUGGUGCCAUCCAAGAUGCCGACAAUGACAGCUACGACCACGUCGUCAUCGUCUACGUCGUUCUCGCCGCUGCGUCCGUUCUGGUGUCCAUUAUCUUGGUUGCACUGUCUUGGUGGUCCAUUGACCUCGGAAACUUGCAAUGGACCAGGAAGCAGCGCAUUGCCAAUGGCGAGCUGUGGAACGAGAGGAAGAGGGCCUUCUAUGAGGACAAUGGAGCGCGGAACAAGAUGAUUUCCCAGACUUGCUUCGGCGUUCUGAUCAUGCUGAUUCUCGGGUCUUGGUCGGCAUACUUCUGGGGUGUCGCAACUGGCAACAACUCUUGA